UCGGCCCGCCUUUUCCCGCCUGCCAGAGCCGAGAGUGGUUGACCCUUCCAGGAGAUGGUCUCUGCCCUUGCCUUGGUGACGCAGAUGCUGACGUCUCGGCCCACAUUCCUAUCCGAGAAGCUCCGCCUUUUCCUUCUGAGCCCAGAAGCCGGUGCCUUCCGCCGCGCAGCCCUCGCCGUCGCUCUUUGCAGGAUGAAGAUCUGGAGCUCGGAACACGAAUUCGGGCAUUCAUGGGAUACUGUAAUAAAAGCUGCAAUGAGAAAAUACCCCAAUCCUAUGAACCCAUCAGUGGUAGGAGUUGAUGUCUUGGACCGAAGCCUUGAUAAUCAAGGAAGAUUACAUAGUCAUCGCUUACUUAGUACAGAAUGGGGUCUACCAAAUAUUGUAAAAGCUAUUUUGGGAACAAAUAGAACUGUUACAUACAUUAAAGAACAUUCAGUAGUUGAUCCAGUGGAAAAGACAAUGGUAUUGAGCUCCACAAAUAUAACGCUUACGAAUCUUGUAUCAGUGGAUGAACGAUUAGUUUAUACACCUCAUCCUGAAAAUCCUGAAAAAACUCUUCUAACUCAAGAAGCAAUUAUUACAGUAAAAGGUGUUAGUCUCAGUAGUUACUUAGAAACUUUAAUGGCCAACACAAUAUCGUCUAAUGCUAGAAAGGGGCGUGAAGCUUUAGAAUGGGUGAUUGGUGAACUAACUUCAACACGAGACAGUAUGAAAUCAACAAUGGCAGCUGCUUCAAUGGAAAACUGAUGAACUGUCACAAUCUUUAUUUUUCCACUUAAUUUUUUGUUAUUGUUGUUGCUGAGGCAAAUACUUUUUUGAUAUACAUACGGUAUAUAGGCAGGCAGAGAGAAUGAGAGAAUUUUUUAAUUUAUAAUCAGUUUUACAGGACACUUUUUUUUCCUCUUAACACUGAUGCAUUUGGGGGACCUACUGCAUUAUAGUUAAGUUUAUUUUUAUGUUUUUAUAUGGAUUCAAGAUAUAGAUACCUAAUUCUCCACAGGACAGCGACCUCAAAUUCAAGCUAUUUACAUGGAUUUCAAACUGAAAGAAUGAUUGAAGAUUAGUCUACAUAAAUACCAAGCUGUGUUUUGAUGAAGAGCUAUGUGAAUACACUUUUGAAUGUGCUGCUCUUUUUGCUGCUUGAAUCUUAGCAUUUAUUUUUUUAAGUACAGUUGUAGUUCUUUGAUGAAGUGCACAGGUAACAAAAUAUGGAGAUUCUGUCAACCUAUAAUGGCUAUUUAUUUUAUUGUCAUUGCACCUCGUAAAAGGAAAUUAAAUGCCACCUUCAGUGUUUAUUUGAGGGAGGGGGGUGGAAUGCCAGUCCAAAAUAAUAUUUUUCAAAGUUGAACAACUUUAAGAUAUGUAUACCUCAACUCCCUGGAAGUUGAAGUCCACAUAUCUUAAAGUUACCAAGUUUGAAAAACAUUGAUCCAAAAGAGAUAUACUGUAGAGGCAUGCUCUGAUUAAUUUCCUUAAUUUUGCAGCAUGGCCUCUUGUUUUAAAGAAGCCUGUUUGGAGAAUAUACCAAACAGUGCUCCUUGGCGAGUUACAUUGUUUGUUUCAGGUUUCUGUGGUAUUAUUUUUGCACUGUUUGUAGAGGGAUGAACAAGAAAUGCCAACAUUUUACCUCUUUAUUUAUAUUCAAAGCACUGCUAAAAAUAGAGGAGCAGAUACUUUGCUAUAAGAUAGUAAUCUGAAUAUUUAGUGCAUUAUUUAUUUUGAAAUGGGUUUGUUCUAAUCAUUUGUCAAAAGCCAACUAAUACUUCAGAGGGAAAUACUAGAAAUAAAAAGCCGGUAGAGAUAUUUUCAUACACUUAGGAUAACUUGCUUGCUUAACUCAUUAUUUCACAUCAUGGAUUAGAAGGUUGCAAAAAGGUUUUCUAUACCAGACUGUAUUUCACAUCCUGCUUUGGGAAUUGGGUUUAUCCUAUCCAUAGAACUGUAUCUUUCACAUGUUGUGAAACUCAAAUUAUUGCUCUUUGGAGCCAAUAGCCUUCAUAAAGUUAGUUCAAAUAUUGGUUCCGAAUUUCAAAAUUCAAUGGAAUGUUCUUUCUAUUACAAAUUAGAAAUAGUUUUAGUAAUGAAGACAAGUUGGAGAACAGCUGUUUUAAGUUAUGAAAGGAGUCUGUAACUUUGUAUCUCAGAGAGUAUGCAGUAAAAAUUGGCUUGGAUAUUACAAAGAUUUCAUGAAAUAGAAUUAGUUUUCAGUCAUUUUUAAAGCUAAGUUUUGUUUGCAUAUCUUUACAUUUCAUAUAAUUUAAGUUUUUAUUUUUCUACAAGUAGUUCACUAAAGAAUGAAAACCUGCUUUGUGGUAUUUUCUCUAGAAAUUGGAAGCAGGAAACAUUUUAAAUCAUAGCAUAUCCAAGUAAUUUCAAAGCUUUAAAAGGGGAAGGUGUAAGGCACAUAAUUGCUUUAUUUCCAGAGUUUUUUCAGAGAAACACAAACUGAAGAAUGUCUUUACUAUAGGAAAACUACAAUCCUAUUCCCUAUCCGUAAUCCUGCUAAAUUCUUUCUGUUGCCAAGGCUUUUCCAGUCUAUAGAUUUAUCUAUACCACCAUUUUACAUUUACUCAUUCAUUUGUUGGCAUUACUAUGUAAUUAGCAACACUAAUGGCAGGAAUAAUUCCCUAUGUAUGAAAGAGAUCAACAGGGUCUAUAGUGUCAAAAUGUGCAAGAUGAUGGAUGCAACAUUGCUAUCUUACUGAUUUGGAAAUUUCCUAUGAACCCUGCUGAAUGAAGCCUUUCACUAAGAAAGCAAAAGCAAAAUGUUACUGAUCUCCAACUUACUCCAUCUCACACUCUAACAGAGUAAAAUAGAUCAAGGAGAAUUGGCAAGGAAAAUAAUAGUUUUAAGAUUGUAUUUUCAGUUUAACUGAAGAAGUGUAACCUUUAUGCUCUGCACCACUUCCAGAAACUAAUAGUGACUGUAUGCAAGUGUCUUUUCAGGUUCAUUAUCUGCCAAUGUUAGUUGCAUGUUCAAAUGUUUAGUUUAUACUGUCCUUGAAUCCAUUUGGUCCUUAAUUGGUCUUGUAACCUCUUUAUUUGCAUGUGUUUUUUGUUUGCAUUUAAAAAUUCCUCAGUGUAAAUUAAGACAAAACUAUGUAUCUUCAAAAGAUGUAGAAGUAUUUGGAAUAGGUGAAACUGUUUAUGCCAUGAUCAGAGACAUCUGUGCAAAUUUUAUUUUCUAUCUGAUUGGCUAUUAAAAUAGAAAAAUGCUAUCUUCCCUGAUAAUGGGGUCCAGUUUCUAGAAUAAAGAAAUCUUGAUUUUAA